AGACAAAUGGUCUUCCUCUCAGGCUGGAGCAAACAGAGGGGGGGUGGAGCACAUUCAUCCUCAUUCGGCGGCAGAAAUUCAGGAGAAAAGGCUGAUAGGAAACAAGAAGUGCGGAGCUCGGCCUGUGAGGGAGAAAACAUCGCAGUCAGUGUUAGCAGGGCCUACAGAGAGGAGAGGACUGUUUAGGCCCGAGCUAAGAGAGCAACGAGGCGACCAAAUAAAGUCACGUGAUCCAAAAUGGGCAGUCCUCUGACGGUGCUGAAAAAAAGCCAUUUUCUGGCGCCGCUGCACAAUUCUGCUCAAGUGCAAAUAAUUUCUCCCGGAGUCCGGCUGGGAGCGAACUUUAAUGUCUGACCAGAUCUGCCCUGAUGGAUAAAAUGCAGCCGAACCGGGUCAAAAUCACAGAUCUGAACCCCCUGCUCACGUGCCCGCUGUGCGACGGCUACCUGAUCGAUGCUACAACCAUCGUAGAGUGUCUGCACUCCUUUUGUAAAACUUGCAUUGUUGCCUUUCUUGAGACAAAUCAGUUCUGUCCUCGCUGUGAGGUCCAAGUGCACAAGACAUGUCCACAGCUCAGCAUCAGAGCGGACAAAACUCUGCAAGAUAUAGUUUAUAAGCUGGUUCCAGGGCUGUUCAAAGAUGAGAUGAAAAGGAGGAGAGACUUCUACGCGGAGAACCGGGAGCUGGAACCGGGCGAGGUGGUGGAGACGUUUAACAUAGCAGAAGACGAAAUCAUCAGUCUGUCCAUACAGUUCUACCAGAGGAACAGGAGCAACGAAAGGCAGCGAUCGGAGAUCGAAGGAGACAAGUCCAACGGGAAACGCUUCCUUCAGUGCCCAGCAGCUAUGUCCAUCACACACUUGGCAAAGUUCCUCCGCAGCAAGAUGGACAUCCCAAACAAUUACCGGGUGGAGGUGUUGUAUGGGGACGAGCCAUUAAAGGACUAUUACACACUAAUGGACAUCGCCUACUUCUACGAGUGGAGAAGAACCGGACCCAUUCCCUUGCAGUACCUGGUCAAACCCGCCCGGAAACGCAGGAGGCCUUCGCAGACCGCCGCCCAAGCCAAAUCUGAUGGUACCAGCCCCGCGUCGGAAAGUGACUCUCAUAGCGACAAACUCCACAAUCCUGCAGCACCACAGCCUCCCAGAGCCCCUUCCCAGACAAGCCCCUCCUCCCACAACGUUUCCGCCGCCCUCCAAAGCCCCAACGGCACCGCUGCGCCCAGCAGCACUCAGCGACAUGCCCUCGCCCCCAAGCAGGCCUCCGGCAGCCGGAAAGUGACUGUCAACGGCACGAGCUCCACCGCCGGCAAAGAGGAGGCGCGGGGAGGCGACAAAAGCGGUGCGCCCCCGACGACCUAACACCUACAGGGGUAACGCAGGGGAGGACAGUGAUCUUUAAACUGCUCCCUUUAAUUUCCUCAUGGAGCCGACGGAGGCUCCAGCUUUUAUCCCUCCGGACGGGCAGGAGGCGGAUCAGCGGGAAAGACCGAGACGUGCAGCCAAAUAGACUCUCGUAUGUAUGUGCGUGUUUUUGUGGUAGACUAGAGCCGUGCACACAUACAAACUGUACAGUAUGUAUCUAAUGUCAGCAUGUGUGCAUACAUAUGUAUAAACUUAUCUUUUAUACAAGAUAUCGUAACCGUUUUUGUAUUGUAAACGCAGUGGGUCCGUUUCAUUUCAACUUCUGCCGCAGAAUCAUCAACGCUUCUUGUGGUGCCAGUCGCCGCGUUCAGUUGAAUGUCGAAGGAAGAAAAUAAAAAUAAAAAACGGUUAAAAGAGUUUCUCUGAAAGCGUCCGAAUAAUAAGCAGCACCUCUUCAGGUUGCAUGUACAUUUAUGGAAAACAGUUGAUGCACUUUUUAUGUGAAGGUCCCCCGCCGGUUAUUCCUCUCAGCUGGAGAGAUUUUCAGCUGUAUUAUCACACUCGAGUCCAAGCACUACCAAGCUGGCGGGUGAGGUGUCCGUCAGCCUUUGUCUAUAGAACCGGGAGAAUAAGAAGGGAUUUUGGAAAUGUUUUGCCAUGUAUGUUGUUCCGUACAUUUCAGCAUUCCCGUUCCGUUGCUUUUCAACAGAUUCGUUUUUGAAAUCAGCCAUAUGUGCAUGUUGUAGGUCAAUAAAAUGUUUACUUACUAGGUUUUCCUGA